CCACACCACAACCAUCCCACCAUUCUCUUUUACUCCCACCCGCCCACACACACACCCUCUCUCUCCUCCACUCACACCCUCAGCAUCUCCCGUUUGACGGCCAGUGGUCGCGGAGACGGCGAGCGAGUCGAGGAUACGAACACCGCCAAAGAGGUGGUGAAGAAGGUGGUGGAGGAGGAGGAGGAGGAGGAGGAGGACGGGAACAUAGAGCUAUUUUCUUGGAAGGAGCCGCUCGGCGUAGUUGAUGGGAAGAGGAUGCACUGCGGGCUGCUGGAGGAGCCGGACAUGGAUUCAACAGAGAGCUGGAUUGAGCGAUGCCUCAAUGAGAGCGAGAGCAAACGUUUCUCCAGCCAUAUGUCUCUGGGCAACAUGUCCACCGACGAACAUGAAGAAAAAGAAAACAACAGAGCCUCUAAGCCACAUUCUACACCAGCGACACUUGAAUGGCUGGAGGAGAACUACGAGAUAGCAGAAGGUGUGUGCAUCCCAAGAAGCGCCCUCUACAUGCACUACCUGGACUUCAGCGAGAAGCACGAUACACAGCCUGUCAAUGCAGCCAGCUUUGGGAAGAUUAUAAGGCAACAAUUUCCAGCAUUAACCACCAGACGACUUGGAACUAGAGGCCAGUCCAAAUAUCACUACUAUGGCAUCGCGGUGAAGGAGUCAUCUCAGUACUACGACGUGAUGUACUCCAAGAAGGGUGCGGCGUGGGUAAACGAGGCGGGCAAGAAGGAGGUCACCAAGCAGACAGUGGCGUAUUCACCGCGCUCCAAGCUGGGGACGCUGCUGCCAGAGUUCCCAAAUGUCAAAGACCUAAAUUUGCCCGCUAGCUUGCCAGAAGAGAGGGUGUCAACCUUCAUCAUGAUGUACAGAACACACUGCCAGAGGAUCCUGGACACGGUUAUCCGAGCCAACUUUGACGAGGUCCAAAGCUUCCUGCUGCACUUUUGGCAAGGCAUGCCACCCCACAUGCUACCCGUCCUCAGCUCCCCCACCGUGGUCAACAUCGUCGGCGUGUGCGACUCCAUACUCUACAAGGCCAUCUCGGGGGUUCUCAUGCCCACCGUUCUCCAAGCGCUGCCUGACAGUUUGACUCAGGUCAUCCGAAAAUUUGCCAAACAAUUAGAAGAGUGGCUCAAAAUCGCCCUGCACGACCUGCCUGAGAACUUGAGGAACAUCAAAUUUGAGUUGUCCAGGAGAUUUGCACAGAUUCUAAAGCGGCAGACAUCGUUAAACCAUCUGUGUCAGGCAUCGCGGACUGUGAUAAACAGCGCUGACAUCACAUUCCAAAUGUUAGAAGACUGGAGGAAUGUGGACCUGAACAGCAUCACCAAGCAGACGCUUUACACCAUGGAGGACUCACAGGACGAGCACCGGCAGCUCAUCAUCCACUUGUACCAGGAGUUUGAUCGCCUCUUGGAAGAGCAGUCACCCAUUGAGGCAUACAUCGAGUGGCUGGACUCCAUGGUGGACCGCUGCGUCGUCAAGGUGUCAGGGAAGAGGCCCGGCUGCCUGAAGAAGGUGGCUCAACAGUUCCUUCUCAUGUGGUCCUGCUUUGGGACCAGAGUAAUCCGGGAUAUGACUCUCCACAGCGCCCCCAGCUUUGGCUCCUUCCACCUGAUUCAUCUCAUGUUUGAUGACUACGUCCUUUACCUGCUGGAGUCGCUGCACUGCCAGGAGAGGGCCAACGAUCUCUUGAGAGCCAUGAAGGGUGAAGGCAGCACCGAGCGAGACGAGGAGUUCACUCUCACAGAAAUAACCGCCACCUCCUCACCUUCCCCUGGGUCCUACUCGCCCGCCAGGUCCGUCCACUCUACCGCCGUGUCGUCAGCCUCCCCCACAGCUGACACAUCGCCGGAGUAUCCCUCUACCACAGGCGCCGUUCAGUCAUAUACCUGGUCCCUUACAUACACAGUGACAACAGCUGGAGGUUCCGCUCCCGACGCCGGCCAGCAGUUGUCCUGCAUGAGGAGCAGCUCUGCGGGCACGCCACCGCCGCCGCCUUCCGCCCAUCGGAUGCCUGUCUACACCCACAGAGAGGAACACGGAUACACUGGGAGCUAUAAUUAUGGCAGUUACGCCAACCAGCAUCCUCACGCCAUACAAAGCCAGUACCCGGGCCUUGCCCAUGAGACCACCAUCCCAGCACCGCUACACUACUCCGCCUACCACCGUUCAUCUGCACAGUACCAGUUUAAUGGACAGAUGUCCCGCAUGGAGCCCUCCUGUUUGAUGAGUGCCACUCCCCGCCUGCACCCUUCACCCGUCGCCCCCCGGUGGCCGGAUAUGUCCCCGGUCAACAGCUGUUACACCAGCACACCUAUGCAUUCAUCCCGCUAUGCUGCGUCAGGGGAUGUGUACUCCCCCCUUGUCCCUCGCAGGAACUCCGAGUACGAGCACUCACAGCAUUUCCCAGGUUUUGCCUACAUCAACGGCGAGGCCACGACAGGCUGGGCCAAGUAGCCUUUUGAACACUUUGAGGUGUAAAGGACACCAUCAAUAGGCACGGCCUGUUAAGUACACGUCACUAAAACGGAGGCACAGAGAGUUGGCAGUACCAGUGUGAGGACACGUUUGUCAAUCAUUUGGAGGGUCGGUGCAGCUAGAGAUAAUCCUCUAUGAAAUCACGUUGAUUAUCACAAACAGCAAAAUCAUGCAGUGCCGCUGCCAAGCUGUGCAUUUGUUUUUCAGGAAUAUACCCCUCUGCAAGUCAGGAGCUAAAGGGUCAGCGUGCAUAACUGACAAAAUGGAUUGCCUUAACGUUCCGCCAAAAAGAGCCACAAAAACUGAGACCUUCAAGGUUCUCAUGCUCCAAAAGUGUACUCUGUACUCAGUAUAUAUGUAUGUGUGUGUAUGUAUGGAUGUAUAUAUGUAUGUAUGUAUAUAUAUGUAUUUGUAUACUAUAUAUAUAUAUAUAUACAUAUAUAUAUGCAAUGUAUUUUCUGUCUGUAACGAUGUAACAUGGUUGUAUCGUCUUACUUUCUAUGCUACUCUUGUUCUGUUUUGUAAGAUCAAUAGUACAGGAUGCAUUAACCUUGGGUUGUGUGUUUUAUAAUUAUAAUGGACUCAAAAGCUACUGAGGACCUAUUGCCCUGUGGGUAUUUAUAAAUAAAAAAAACAAAGGAAAUUAUCAUUAAAGUGUACAGUAAUGUUCAAUGCAAGCACUGGAAAAGCAUCUGUGGUGACUGCUGAAGGAUGACAAUUUUGAAUGU